AUGCCUGUUGAAGAACUUGACGAUAAAGUUAUUCUCACUGAUCCAUCCAACGCAAAGAACACUGCAACGAUUCUCAAAUACGGAGCAACUGUUAUUUCAUGGAAGAACCAAGAUGAAGAAAAGCUUUGGCUUUCUAGUGCGGCCCAUUUAGAUGGCUCUAAGCCUGUUCGUGGUGGUAUCCCGCUUGUGUUCCCCGUAUUUGGAAAACAGUCCGACUCGACGCAUCCAACUUAUAAGCUUCCACAACAUGGAUUUGCCAGAAACUCAACAUGGGAGUUUCUUGGUCAGACUACAGAAAGUCCAGUGACGGUGCAAUUUGGCUUGGGUCCAGAGAACAUUCCUAGUGAAGCACAAUCAGCAUGGCCAUAUGACUUUACCUUGAUCCUUACUGUUUCGCUCGCUGACGAUAAGCUUUCCACUGCAAUUGAAGUUGAAAACACCGGCAAAGAGGCAUUUGAAUUCAACUGGUUAUUCCACACCUAUUACAAGAUCCACGAUAUCACUGAUACAUUGGUGAAUAACCUCGUUGAUCAACAUUGUUACGAUCAACUCAUCAAGGAGACAUAUACCGAAAAAGCACCGGCAAUUUCAUUCCACGAGGAAUUCGAUAGAAAGUACUUGAAUAUUGAUGAAAGAAAAACAUUACAAGUUAUCGACAAGGGUAAAGUGUUGUUCAAUUUGCAUAGGACAAAUUUGCCUGAUUCUGUGGUUUGGAACCCAUGGACCAAAAAGGCAGAGGGUAUGGCAGACUUUGAACCUAAAAAUGGAUUCCAUCAAAUGCUUUGUGUAGAGCCCGGACAUGUCAACUCAAUGAUUAUGUUGCCACCAGGUGAUAAAUGGAAAGGAGAGCAAGAGAUUACUGUUGGUGGCGAAAUCAAGAUCCAAGCAAACAUUUUUUAG